AUUCACUAUCUCGCUCUUACGCCGCGGGAUUUGACAAUUUAGAUUUUUCUAAAAGACUAUUUUUUCUCCGCUUCUUCAACUUUUGGAUCGAGUUAAAAAUCAUCUCACAGAAUAAUGCAAAAUGGAUUUGUCACGAGCUUUGCGCUUGAUGACUUCUUCAUAGCAAUCACUUCGGUGGAGAUUUCGAACUCAUUGAAAAAUCAUGAUGCACUCAGGGAAAAUGGGGGUUAGGAGAAAGAGUCACUACGCAAUACCACAAAGACCACGACAGUUCGCUAAACGCAGAUAUGUUUCGCGUUCUUACUUAAAGUUACUUGGGAUAAUAGCUGCGGUCUUCUGUCUUCUUCCUGUGGUUUCUCCAAAGCCAACGCCAAAUCAGCCUUGCAAACCAACCCAGCACUGGGUUGAAAAGGAAGAUGGCUCACGCCAUUGUAUAGAUUGUGGAACCUGCCCAGAAGGGCAAGGUCUCUCAACAGAGUGUGGUACUUCUGAACUGCUGCGUUUUAAUACCAUGGUUACCUGUGUGCCAUGCACCGGAGGAGUUUCAUUUUCCAGAUAUAAAGAUUCGUCACAAUGCAUUCCUUGUGCAUCCUGCUCCAAUGGUCAGGUGGUGGAUCAAAUCUGCUCGCCAGAGCAAGAUAUUAAGUGUGCAAAUAAUUGCUCUAGCAAGGACAGGUAUUAUGACGAGGACAUGGGAGACUGUUUAAAGUGUUCAAGAUGCUGUGGCCGUGAUGAUACAGAUGUGGUCGUAAAUGAGUGCCAAGAGAAGUUGGGAGCUGGCUCAAACAUGGUCUGUUCAUUUGAUAGCAGUGUGAACCGCUGUGAUGACACAACACCUCAACCAACACCCAGUACAAGCUAUGUCAGCCCUGAACAUGACGGUCCUUAUAGCACUCAAAAGAAUGAUCCUUCCACCCAAAAGAGUGAUCAUUCCACUGAAGCGAAGCCUCAGGACAACCUAGUAGUAAUCGUUAUUCGUGCUGUGGUGAUAACGGUUGUUUUAGUUGUUUGUUUAUACUUUUUCAAGAAGAGACUGGCAAAGAUGUUAAGUUGGUGUAAUCGUGCUGUUGAAAACGAAGACCAUCACAAUUCUUUAGUAAUGAAGGGAAAGUUAACCUCUCAACCUAAAGAAACUGCUGAAAACUCAUGCCGAAACGCAAGGGAGAAGGACAAAUCAAAUAAGCUUGGAAAAGCUCUUACAGAUUCUAAUGAACCCUUACUGCAUUUAGAGGAGGGUAUUGUGGAAGACUUGGAAGACGCUCAAACCAGUGAAAAAAAAGAUUCGAAGCUUCUUAGCAGUUUGUUGGAGUGUGAUUCUUACCAGUUCUUAAAGAAAAUCUGUGAGUGUUUGGAUACAGCUAUGGCAGGCCGAGACUAUCGUGAUGUCUGUUUUCACUAUGGCAUCAAUCGUUAUGAGAUUGCCUCAGUUUUGGAGAAGGAGAGGGAUGGGCCAUCUAGAGCCCUUAUUGACAGAUUGGCAACCUCACAUGUACAGCUAACAAUAGCUGACUUUGUAAGUGUGGUUAGGAAUGUAGCAAAGAGAGGUGAUGUUGCUAAACUGCUAGAGGAAUAUGAUUCGCAGAGGGAAUGAGUGGCAAGGCUUUGUUUUGUUUUGUUUUUUUUGUAAUUAUUGGUCAGCCUACUUCGCUCUUACUGAGGGCUAAGACUUGCGACCCAAGACUGCUUUGGAUUAUAAUACUCUUUACUUUGGCCAAUAUACUUUAUCAAUUCAGUCGAUAAAGCAAAUUAUCUUGUGGUAGCCCCACUUACGCAGCACUUCAGUUUCGUGAGAAACUUACCCCAAUAUUCUAAAUAGUUGUCUAGUAUUUUGUAGAAUCUUUUCGAUGUUGAUCAAUCUUUAAGACAUGUUUUAAUCAGCAUGACGUAAGUUUCAUACAUGUGUCGCAUAAAAUUUGAACGUGAUAGCUGUCUCUAUACCUAAGCCCCAAAUGCAAAAUUUUAGUAAACCAACUGUUAAAAACCAUAAAAAAUCAAAUUUUUCUAGAAGACUUUCUUAAUUUAUGUUUCAACGGUCAUAUCUAUAGUCACUAUGUUGCAUUUUUUGUAUUUUUUUUAUAUCGAAAAUAUUUUUAAAAUGUUCGUUUUGUAUUAUGGACAAUGUUUCUUUAACAAUCUUAAAAUUUGAGAUUUAAUUUUAGUUUUUUUUUUGCUGUGCAAUAUUAAAGUACAUAUAUGUUCAUUUAUUAAUAGUUAAUUCAAUUUAAAAAACCAACAUUCCAAGUUGUGUCCCCAAUUAGCUUCAAGCUAAAUACCCCUGAUACAUUAUAAAGUUUAUUAUCAUUAUUAUUUUAAAAGGCAGCGAAAGCUGAAAAUUCACUUAAGAUAUUUUGAAGUGUGAUGGCUUUUCCUUCGACUUUCAUGAUCAAGGUUUUUUUUAUUCACAUUUCUAGUGCAAUACAUUUUCUUAUUGAUUUAAGAAGAGAGUUUGUGGCAAACAUUUGGUUUUUACUCUUCGUAAAAUUGUAAGUAUUUUGCCUAACAGCAAAUAAAUUCCCAUGUUGUGCUAAUUAGGAGAAGCAAAAAAAGCAAUAAAAUGUUCAUAAAAUAUUA